AGAUAAGAAAUCACCACUAAAAGUAACAAAACACAGCAAGCUCUUUCAUACAGCUGAGCUGGCUAGAUGUCGUCGAAUAAUCGUAACAACGAUGACACCACUCACACAGAUGCAUCCAUAUUAUCACAACUACGACAAUAUCAAAUCCAAUCACGGUUAGAUGAUGAAUUGAAUGAACGAUGUCGCCAUCAAAUAGAUUCCAUAUUUGAAUAUACUGACUUGUUAAUUGAGGGACAUGAUAAGGAAUUUGACAAGCAGUUGGUUUAUGAUGGUAUGGAUGAAUCUUUACCGAUACCGUCUACUGCCACAUUGACUGCAUUUGCCAUUCAGUUGAAUAAACUCCGGAUUUUACAUUUGAAGUUAAAAACUGAUGCGAUGAAUGUUUCCAAAGAACGAAUAAAAGGCAAGAUCGAAGUUUUAAAGGAAAAGAAACAAGAACAAGAGAAGAAGUUGGAUCAAUUGAGGUUGGAUUUGUUAAAAAGUGAAACCAAGCUAAUUUCCAAUGGUAAUGCAAGGAUUGAUAGUUUAAACUCACAAAUCGAGGAAAAUAAAAGUACAAAGAAUAAGCAAGUGGGGAGACAAGUAUUGCGGUUGCAAGAACAAAAUUUUAAAAUCUUAAAAGAAAUAUCAUUCCAAAACAAGGAGCGAAAGCUACUAUUUAAUCACCAACCAAUCUUGAAACUUGAAGAAUUGUUGGGCUAUAAUCUUCUAGUUAUAAACCAAUUUCUUGAAAGGUUGAUUGUUUUGCAGAUUCAAUUGUCAGACUUGUUCCGAGUAGAGUUACCGCAUUUGCCUGAAUUAGUUGGAUUUCUUCCUGAUUCCAAGUUUUACGACUUAAUAAGAAAGAAACAACAAAUAAUAAAAGGAUCAGAAGAGGAUGGUUUGUCUGAUGUUGAAUCUUCAACAGAUACCCCCACAUCAGAAGAUCUGCUUAUAUUUGAAGUACCCAAAGACAUUCAAAACCCCACGGAGAAAAUCAUUAAACUUGGCGAUGCUUAUAAGCUUCCCUUGUCUUCAAAGACCUUGAAUCACCAACGACGGGCUCAUAGAUCUAAUUCAGUAGAACCGGCUGAUUUAAGCAAUAUACCGAUUAUAAAGCAUGAUAGAUCUGUUUCACCAAGUACCUCGUCGCCGAAAAAGAAUAUGGUUAUCAUACCGCAUAAAAUCAUCAACAAACCAUUUAAUCGUCUUUCAAUAAAGGAUUUCCUUAGGUUCUUUCUUGUUAUUGUAAAACUAAUUACCAAUUUCCAAGUAUUUCUCAUGUUCACGGGUGAAAUUGAAGACAUGUCUCUUGAUGAGUGGUGCAAUUUCGAAAAAGUGUUGCGACAAGUUAUGAACCUAGAUUUGGGUUUCAAAAAAAGGCUAUAUGAACAAGAGAAGCAAGCAGUUGAUUAUGCAACAUCCGCCGUGCGGACCAAUUUCCAAGAUUUGAUGGAACACGUUUAUGAAUUACUAAUGAAGUCUAGUGCUGUUUUAGGUACAAAAAAGAAGCAUUCAGACAAACCAAUGGCAUUCUUGGACUUGAAACUACGGGAUAUCAUAAGAAACCCCACCAGAUUAAACUUAAGUGAGGAAUGGGAUAUAGUGAGCCACAUGAUUUAAAUAAUAUAACAAACCUUGCGU